AUGGGCACACAGAUAGUGUUUUUGGUUGUUGCUUCUUUCCGGACGGGAAGACUAUUCUCUCUUGUUCACAGUGUUAUUGGUUGUUGCUUCUCUCCGGACGGGAAGAAGAUUCUGUCUUGUUCACACGACGACACUUUGAAGUUGUGGCACGCGACCGACGGAACGUUGCUGCAGACUUUGAAUGGGCACACAUGGUGUGUUUUGGGUUGUUGCUUCUCUCUGGACGGGAAGAAGAUUCUCUCUUGUUCAGAUGACCACACUUUGAAGUUGUGGCACGCGACCGACGGAACGUUGCUGCAGACCUUGUAUGGGCACACAUAUCGUGUUUUUGGUUGUUGCUUCUCUCCGGACGGGAAGAAGAUUCUCUCUUGUUCAGAUGGCGGCACUUUGAAGUUGUGGCACGCGACAGAUGGUGGUGAACCUCCAGGACCGGACGUACGCCACCAGCACACUGCAAUCAAUCUCGAGAAGCAAAUGAUCCAAGCUGCCCAGUUGCCACGUCUUUCCGUUUAUUGA